AGAAUCGUGGGGCGGGAAGGGUAGCACGAGAGGUGGUGUCUCGUUGUAAGGGGAGACACAUGCACAGAGACGAUACGAGACGAGACGAUACGAGACGAGGGCCCGCGGUUCCCUAAACGGGAGGCGCUCAGAGGUCAGAUCCGUGUGUGAGGGAGGGGCCGAAGAUCUGCACGGCCCUCGCAGGUCGAGGGAUGAAGGGUAGCUUGAGGCAAGGUAAGACACGGAGCCAGCUGCGAUCAUCAGUGGGAAAUGGGAAGAAUAGCAAGACACGGGCGAGGCGUGUGCAAGCGUGUAGCAGUCGAGGCGGCAGGAGCGAAAGGCGUGGAUUUGGCGAGAUGAGCGAUGAUUGCGUGCAGGCAGCGCGCGGUGCUGGAGGCGAGUGGAGUGGGUCGCUUCAAUCAUCAUUCUCCCUUCACCCCCGUCCGUCGGGCGGGCGUCUAGCGCGCGGCGGUGCUAGCGUGGCGGCGUGCUGCUGCUGGGCUGGCGGGCGGGCGUGCCGUUUCGAGGGUGCAGCAGCGUGCAGGCCAGGCAAUCCAGCCGUACAGUGCGUGCGUGCGUGCGCUGACCGGACGUGUCUCUCCAACCUUCACCCUCGCUCGUUUCGCUCCCCUUCUUUAUCUAUCCCCCUCCCUCCUCCUCCCCUCCUCACCCCCCUCCUGCCAUGGAGUCUUGAUUCCUCUCGUCAUCCCCAGGAGUUGUGUUUGUCAAAGACCGUGUUCGCUUUGCCAACCAUCUCUUCCCUCCUCUCCUCCCUCUCCUGGACCCCGACACACACCACCUCCGUGUCUUGCCGUCCACCUCGACCGCUGGUAUCGUGACCUCUGACACUCUUGUUUGAGACUGUCUCAGGUACCCGUCAGCGUCGAUCCGCUUUUUGCCGAACGGAACUCUCCCUCUUCGUUGAUCGUAGAGUGCCUCGACCGAGUCCUGCUCCUUCAUCCACCUCACACCACCACCGUCAUCACCUCGAACCCACCUCCUCCGCUCGUCAGCACCACCAUUCUCGAAUUGCAAAAGGUAAGCUGAUGGUGUGAUGUUCAUGUGUGUGUGUUGAAGAGCUGGAAUUCCUCCACACCCGGUUGCAC